GCCAAGUAUGUGAGGAGCCGGCAAGGGCCAGCGCCGGUCAUGGGGAACUGCCGCUGCCGCCGCCUCCGUGAGCGCUACUUUCUCCACGACGGGGCUCUGACCUCUCCCCGCGACCCGGGCGAGCCCAGUUGCUGAGGAGAAGGGGAUGGCGGACCCUCUGAGGAGGACUCUGUCCAAACUCCGGGAGAGGAGGGGUCCCCGCAGCGCCGGGGGGCUCGGAUUCCGGGCGGCCGCUGCAGCUGCGGUGGCGGCCUCCUCCGCAACCCUAGGAGACACCUGGUGUGCCCAGGACUGCCCCCCAUGCGAGCACGCCGGCGCAGCUGGGCCAAGCUGGACGCAGCCCCCGCCGUCACCUGAGGCGGGCGGCGCUAGAGGGUCCUCGGCGGGGUCCGGGGCGCUCGCCCCUCGGCCGCGCAGCGGGCAGGCGGUCCCUCUCCCGGGUCGCGGGCUAGCUCGCGCCACUCUGCACGCCGCGCUGAGCUUCGAAGGCAGUGGAGAGGAGGAGGAGGAGGAUGACGACGCCGACUACAACGCCGACUACUACGAGAACCUGCCCGGCGGCUCGCAAUCCGUGGCCGCGCCAGCGCCUGAGGGGGCGGAGGCGGAGCUGCGGCCCCCGCCUCCCCCUGCGGCGGGCUCCUCCUCGGGGGCGGAGGGCGGCAGCCUGGAGACGGGCAGGCUGCAAACCCAGUUGCGAGAGGCCUAUUAUCUGCUGAUCCAGGCCAUGCACGACCUACCCCCUGACUCAGGCACGCGGCGGGGCGGCGGGGGGUUGGCGGAUCGCGGUUGCCUCGCGGGAGCCGGGGCUCCUGGCCAGCUACCUUUCCCCCGCGGCGCUGAGGACUGCAGAGCCUGCCCCGGAGAUUGGGAGUUGGGAGGCGGCGACUGCCCUCAGCAGCAGGUGUCCCCGCCCUGGUCGCCUCCGAGGGAGCCUGAGGGAGUCCGGCCUCGGACUCCUCGAAUGAGGCUGUCUUGCAGCAGAAGCCUUGAGAGCUUCCCGGUGGGCUCCAAGCCUCUUCCUUUACAGCGGUGGCCGAGCGACAGCUGGAUCAGGUGCGGCGAGCGCGGGGACCCAGACGAGUCCCCGCCACGUGGAGGCGGGAUGGAAGGCUGGAGCGGGGGCAGCGCCCGGGCCGCAGCAUCUGCUGGCCUCUUGUCUCCGGGCUCCAAGGACCUCGGCAGCUCCUCGAGAAGUCCUUUCAGGCAUCCUGCGGGGCCCUCUGUGAUCCGCAGUGGUCAAGAAGACCGCCAGGAGGGCUCCCCCACCCUGAAGCCGUCCACAGUCACAGUCAAGAAGCUGCAGAAGUGGAUGUACAAAGGUCGCCUGCUGUCCCUGGGAAUGAAGGGUCGCGUUCGUGGGACACCUUCUAAAGUCCCGGUGGCGCAGGCUACUUCUCCUAACCUGGGCACUUUGAAAGUGCGUGAGAACCCCAUCCUCUCGGUGCCUCCCGAUCAAAGAAUUACAUUGACAGAUUUAUUUGAAAAUGUCUAUGGGUCUUCAAUGAAGAGAAGAGAAUCUGAAGAUCUGAAGGAUAAUAUUGAAUUCAGAGGUCAUAAGCCACUUAACAGUAUCACUGUUUCAAAAAAACGAAAUUGGUUAUAUCAAAGUCCUCUGAGAUCUCUGAAUCUGGAAGAAGAAAAUAGGAAAUGCCAAGAUAGGAGUCAUUUAUCUAUCUCACCUGUAUCUCUUCCUAAACAUCAGCUAUCACAUCCUUUCCUCAAAUCAUCUGAAGAAUACUGUACAUAUAUGGUGUGUAAUGCUACAAACUCAUCAUUAUCAAGAAACUGCUCUUCAGAUUUUAAUGAGGAAAAUGAUGCAGAUGAUGAAGGAGAAAUAUGGUACAAUCCCAUUCCUGAGGAUGAUGACCUUGGGGUAUCAAGUGCCUUGAGUUUCCAUGAGCCAAACCCUGCUCUUCUGAAGUUUCCUGCUGUCAGUUUGAGCAUAUUGUCUAGGAGUGACCCUACAAAAGCAGAGCAGCCUACUGAAGAUCCGUUGUGCUCUUCUGAACACAAAGGUGAUACUCAGACCACUCAGUCAAAUGAAGUGAAUCCUAUAGAUUCCAUCCAUUCCACAGAAUGUAUGCAGCAGUACACGCAAAGGCUAGGACACAAGAUACAAGAAGGUUUAAUGGUGGAGGAUAGUCCGAUAUUGAAAUCUCCUUUUGCAGGUCCUGGAAUCUUAGCUGCUACAAGUAGGACUGAAUUGGGAGUUAUGGAACCAUCCUCUCCAAGCCCUAGCCCUGUGAAAAAAGGCAGUUCAAUUAAUUGGUCUUUACCAGAUAAAAUAAAAUCUCCACGAACUGUGAGGAAACUUUCCAUGAAAAUGAAAAGAUUGCCAGAAUUUAGCCGAAAGCUAGGUGUUAAGGGAACCCUGAAUUAUGUAAACAGUCCAGAUAAUUCUCCUUCCUUGUCUAAAUAUAACUGUCGAGAAAUUAAUCAUACUGUUAUUUUACCUUCUGGAAACACUACCACAGCUGCCAAGAGGAAUGUCAUAAGCCGGUACCAUCUUGAUACCACUGUAUCUUCUCAGCACAGCUACCAGAAGAAAACCUCCAUGAGUUUGAAGUAUUCCUGCAAAGGUGGUUACCUCAGUGAUGGAGACUCACCUGAACUUAUAACUAAAUCUAGCAAACAUGGAUCUGAAAGCAAAUUUGGAAAAGGAAAAGAAAUAAUUCCAAACAGUUGUAGUAAAAAUGAAAUAGACAUAGAUGCUUUUAGACAUUAUAACUUUUCUGAUCAACCCAAGUGUUCACAGUACAUAUCUGGGCUCAUGAGUGUGCAUUUCUAUGGUGCUGAGGAUUUAAAACCACCACGGAUAGAUUCAAAAGAUGUCUUUUGUGCAAUUCAGGUAGAUUCAGUAAACAAAGCAAGAACAGCUUUGCUCACAUGUCGAACCACAUUUUUAGACAUGGAUCACACUUUCAAUAUAGAAAUUGAAAAUGCACAACAUUUAAAACUAGUAGUAUUUAGUUGGGAACCCACUCCAAGAAAGAAUAGAGUGUGCUGUCAUGGAACUGUUGUUCUUCCCACCUUAUUCAGAGUGACAAAGACACAUCAAUUGGCUGUCAAACUUGAACCUAGAGGUCUUAUCUAUGUGAAAAUGACUCUUAUGGAACAGUGGGAAAAUUCUCUUCAUGGACUAGAUAAAAAUCGAGAAUCGGUAAUAUUUGGUGUUGACAUUCAAAAAGUUGUAGAAAAAGAAAAUGUAGGAUUGAUGGUGCCACUCCUGAUACAGAAAUGUAUUAUGGAAAUUGAAAAGAGAGGCUGUCAGGUAGUAGGCCUGUAUCGAUUAUGUGGUUCAGCAGCAGUCAAGAAAGAACUUCGAGAGGCUUUUGAGAGGGAUAGCAAAGCUGUUGUUCUAUGUGAAAACCAGUACCCAGAUAUAAAUGUAAUAACAGGUGUUCUUAAGGAUUAUUUAAGAGAACUUCCCUCUCCUCUGAUAACAAAGCAGCUUUAUGAGGCUGUAUUAGAUGCAAUGGUAAAAAGUCCUUUGAAAAUGUCAUCAAAUGGUUGUGAAAAUGACCCAGGUGAUUCUAAGUUCACUGUUGACCUGUUGAAUUGUCUGCCAGGUGUUGAGAAGGCAACCCUAAAGAUGUUGUUGGAUCAUUUGAAAUUGGUAGCUUCUCAUCAUGAAGUAAAUAAGAUGACCUGCCAGAAUUUGGCCGUGUGCUUCGGACCAGUAUUAUUAAGUCAGAGGCAAGAGACUUCCACCCAUAACAACAGAGUCUUUACUGAUUCAGAAGAACUUGCAAGCGCUUUGAAUUUUAAAAAACAUAUUGAAGUUCUUCAUUAUUUACUCCAACUCUGGCCAGUGCAACGUUUAACUGUCAGAGAAUCAACAGACAGUUUGUUCCCAGAGCAGUUGUCCUCUCUGAAUUAUUUGAGGCGGAAGAAAGAACGACCUCACAUGUUAAAUUUGAAUAGUAUUGAUUCAUCAGGAGUACUUAGACCAAGGCAGACCAGAUUAGACAGUCCACUUAGCAAUCGUUAUGCAGGAGACUGGAGCAGCUGUGGAGAAAACUACUCUUUAAAUACAAAAGAAAAUUUAAAUGAUGUGGAUUAUGAUGAUGUACCUUCAGAAGACAGAGAAAAUGGAGAAGAUUAUAGCAAAAUGAAUGGACCAGAAAUAAUGAUUGAACAGCCACUUCCUAUGUCCAAAGAGUGCACAUUCCAGACAUACUUGACAAUGCAGACCAUUGAGUCUACAGUGGAUCGAAAAGUUAAUCUCAAAGAUCUACAAGAAAGCAUUGAUACUUUGAUUGGCAAUCUGGAGCGUGAGCUCAACAAAAACAAGCUUAAUCUGAGUGUUUAAGAUUGAAAGGUUUAAUUUGGUUUUUAAUAAUGUCUUAAAGUUUCAAAUGAGUUCUUUUCAUGUUCUUAUACCUCACAGUGUUGCUUUUUAAAUAUUUUUUACUCUUAAAACCUUUGAAUAAUAUCUAAUAAGUUCAUGUGAUUCAGUUAAAGAUAAUUCAUUAAUAUAAUCUUUUUUUGGGGGGAAGAAGUAAGAAUUUAAUAAUAUUUUAAAUAAGAUUAGUAUUUCUUCAUUGAAUUCAGUCAUUUUUCUCCCAUAUCACACUGUAUACAACUGCAGUAGUUAUGACUCAUUUUUAUCAACCUAGAUGUAUCACAUAUCUAAUUAUUUGAUUCCUAAAAUAUUUUAAAAGAACACAUGCAAGCAUAAUUUGAAAGGCAUUUUAAGUGAGUUUCCUCUAUUUAUAAUGCAUCUCUCUUCACAUUUUUUUUGGCCAGAUCUUCCCAUUAUUUAUAAGAGCUAGUUGCUAAACUAACAUUUAGUGCUUUUUCCACCAUACCCCUUUAUUCUAUAAUUUCAGUAUUUCUCUAAAAGAUGAAACUGUAGGAAAAAAGAAAAUCAAACCUCAAGGACCAACAUUUCUAUAUGCUGUGUUUUCUCAUUUUAGUUUUAACUAAUGUGGUAGGUUUUAUUUUCCCUCAAAAUAUUAUACAAUCAUAAUUAUAUUCAAAAUUGAUGGAAUCUUACAGUCAAGCAAGAUACAGAAUAUGGAAUGGUAUUUAUGAAUAAGGACAAUCAGGUAAUAUUCUUAAGUAUAAUUAAAGAUAUAAGGGAAAUACUAUUCAUGAUUUAAUCCAAGACCAUGAAGGUGAAAAGGCAUGACCUAACAUGAAAUGCAUACUGAGUUCAUUUGCAGCAUUAAACCAAAUCCAAGAAAACUGGUUAUAUCCCAAUUCCUUUAGGAAAUCUAACUAUACUGAAGUAAUUUUGAUCAAUGAAGUUUAUUUUAAAGCAAUAAUCAUUGCUGUAAAGCUCUGAAGGUAAAUUUGUGAAAUGCAUUUUCUUUGGCAGUUUAACUGAUUUUUCUUUGAAUGGAGGCCCAUUGAGUAUUACACAACUAAGAAAAGGCAUAUUAAAUGUUCUUGGACCACAUUUUAAAUUUUUUGAAAAGCUACAAGGGAAAGCCAACAAUAUCAUUCAGUUUAUUUAAGAUUUAAUUAUAUCUUUAAUUAUAUUUAAGAAUAUUAUCUGAUUGUCUGUAUUCAUAAAUACCAUUUCAUAGACGUGUAUUUCACUUGAUUGUAAGAUUCCAUUAAUUUUGAAUGUAAUUAUGAUUGUAUAAUAUUUGGGGGGAAAUAUAUUUUUGCUUUAUCUCUUUAGAAAAUUUCUGGGGAUAAAGAGAACUUGGAUUUUUUUUUGAUAUUUUAAUAAACCUUUUCAGUUAUAUGGAGGUAAUUUUCAAAUGCACUUACAAAAUCAUGUAGGUUAUUAGCUCCUCAAGGUUUUUGUACUGUAUAGGAAUUACUCCUCUGUAGUUGGGGCAGAUGUUCCUUUAGAGGAACAUGCAGCUGCUCAGUCUGAUUUGCAGUAAGAAUCUUGUACACUGUAACAUCAUUUGUUCACAUUUCAUUUGCAAUGCAAAUGCUGCUAUAUAUAAAACCUUUUUAUAAAUAAAAUUAUACAAAUAUUAAUGUAUCUGUAUUAACAUUCAGUAAUUAUUUAAGCUUACAAAAAUAUUUUUAUAAUCUUGAAAAUGUGUAUAUACCUAUAAGAACUUAUAUGUGUAGGUAUUAGUUUGGGGGAAGUGGUUGACAGUAGAAUCACAUGUAUUUUUUGAGAUAUAUAUGUUGUGAGGCCAAAAUUAUUAGUUAAAAAAUGUCUUUCAGGGAAAGGACAUUUAAGUUCUUCAAGGAGGGAUUACAUAAAAACACUUGAAUUAAAAACAUUUUAGAAGCACCUGAAUAGAAAUAAUAGACUUUCCUCUUUUGAUUCAUAGAUGGUCACAAUAUCUUUGUGAAGUCACCUUUUCAAUUGAGUCUUUCAGCUUCUUGAGGGAUUAAGUGCUCAGAUUUCUGUAUUAGUGACAAAUUAAGAAAAAUCUUCACCUAUUCUAUGCAUUUUUGUAUUCUGUAAUGUUUUAAGUAUUUAUUUGUAAUAAUAAACUUAUAAUAUUGACUUUAUAAUUACCCCCAUUUGUUUCUAAUGAAAUUGUCUUGCCACCAUACGACAUGUUAUUGAUUUUUAGAAGUUAACUUAUUUUGGCUAAGUGUAUCUACAAACCAGUUUUAUAGUAAUCAUAGUAGUGUUUGACAUGUUGACUUAGAAGGCUUUUUAAAAUUAAAUUGGAAUGUAUUUUUUUAAACUUUUAUACCUACAGAAUGUAUAAUUUUAGAUUUAUAAAUAAAAUUUGAAAUCUCAGCUUUAAGAUUUAGCAGCCAUUAAAAACUGGCUUCCUAAUGUUUUUCUAAACAUUAAAAGUAUUUUACUAUCUCUAUGCAAUAUACAUUGGUAAACAGAACACCUUUUUAUUUACUUUGAAAUCCCACUAAAAAUGAUAAUUAUUUUUUUAUGAAAUUUUCAUUUUUUAAAGCUUUGUAUAACAGUUUAGAAUACCAAAAUAAUAUGUGGCAGGUAUAUGUCAUGAGUAAACAGAGGAAAGUACUUUGAAAUGUUUUCCAGGGAGACUCUGUUUUCUUCCUUUUGUUUGCUAUGUCAUGUAUAUUUAUGAACUGGUAUAUUGUAUGAACUGAAUAAGUUUCAGAAUGUAAAAAAUUUUAUUAAAAGAUUAUAACCCUA